GAGCAGCACAGGUCCUUAACCACACACACAGUUCAUGUAAGAAUCAUAGCAGUACAGGGAAAGCAGAUCAUGCUUCUUUUCAGUCGUUGUGUGUACAGCCUCAGCAAAGGGAGGCUACUGGAGGGUAAAUAACAAUAAAAAAAAAAAACACUCCAGAGGAAAAAAAAAAAAAAAAAAAAGCGCUUCAGAGACAAGGGCUCAAGGGGGUGGUUCACUGAUAUCAGACUCAGUAAUAACCCCAUGAGGAGAACUAUAAUAGUGUAAUGUAGGCGCGGAGACCAAGCAAGCAAGACAACAAGACACUCGCAUCAUGAAUGGAUGUUUUAACUGAAUUAGCCGCAGUGAUCGCGCUCGAGUCGCACGCCGGGGAAACGGAGCGGACAUGGGUGUUUCGAGCCUGGCAGCCGAGGGCCGCGGUGCCACCGUGGACCUUUCCGGCAAGGGGCUGCAUAAGCUGGAGGCCGACGUGCCGUGUGACGCAAACGCACGCACGCUCAUCCUGGACCAGAACCACAUCAUCAAGCUGGAGCACCUGGAGAAGAGCUGUGAGCUGCAGCAGCUCUCCGUGGCAGGAAACCGGCUCGUGCGCAUGAUGGGCGUGUCGUGCCUCACGCAGCUCCGCGUGCUCAACCUGCCCAACAACAGCAUCGGCUACAUCGAGGGCCUCCGGGACCUGGUGCACCUUGAGUGGCUCAACCUGGGAGGCAACAACAUCAAGGCGAUGGACCAGCUCGGCGGCUGCGUGGCACUCCAGCACCUCGACCUGUCCGACAACAACAUCUCCCACAUCGGCGACCUGUCCACGCUCCCCGCCCUCAAGACGCUGCUGCUCCAUGGGAACAUUAUUACGACGCUGCGCAGUGUCCCCGCCCACCUGCCGCUGAGUGUCGCCAUCCUGUCUUUGGCCGAGAACGAGAUCAGAGACCUCAUUGAGGUGUCCUUCCUGGCAUCUCUCCCCGACCUGGAGCAGCUGUCGGUCAUGAGCAACCCCUGCGUGAUGGCCACGCCCUCGCUGCCCGGGUUCGACUACCGCCCGUACGUCGUCAGCUGGUGCCUGAGCCUGAAGGUGCUGGACGGAUACGUGGUGUCCCAGAAGGAGGGGCUGAAGGCUGAGUGGCUCUACAGUCAGGGUAAAGGGCGCCUCUUCAGGCCGGGACAGCACGUGCAGCUCGUUCAGUACCUGGCCGCCGUAUGCCCUUUGACCUCGGCCUCGUCGCUGCAGUCGGCCGAGGACGCAAAACUGGAGAAGAUCCUCAGCAAACAGAGGCUCCACCAGAAGCAGCUCUUGCAGCAGAGCCAGAGCGCGUCCUCGAACCCCCCCCGGCCCACGCACCUGGACGUGGAGCAGCAGCAGCCUGGCCCUGCCCCCCUUGAGGCACCGGAACUCCUGGAGCAGAGAGAGCCACCCAUGCAGCUGAACACGUGGCUGGCAGGGGAGCACUCGUACAGCGCGAUGGCGCCGCCCCCCAGUUCCUCCCACCCUGGGGACCCUCUAUACCUGGAGGACGUGCAGUCAGAUGAGGACAAACUGAGCUUCAGCCUUCUGCUGCCCUCCGAGUCAAACUUGCUGUACCGGUGUGACCAGGGUGCCUCCCUCCCCUGUCCGCCAGCCCGUUCCCACAGCGACGACGAGCCAGAUGAGCCAGAUUCCCUGAUCCCAGAGAGUCCUGAGGGGGAGGGGCUGGAGGCGGAGCUGGAGUGUCCAUACACCCAGGUGGACGGGGAGGUGGUCCUGGGGACGUGCUCUGACUGCCCCGCGGUAGAGGAUAAGGUCCGGCCCGAACGGCAGGCAGGUCCCGCCCAAGCUGACAAGGCUGCCGUUAAGAUACAGGCCUGGUGGCGUGGGAUCUGGACGCGGCAGUGCCACCCGUUGGCCAGAGAGGUGCGAUCGGAGAUCCGGCUGCGCAGGAUGCAGGAGCACAUCGUCUUCCUGUCUGCGGAGCUGCGCAGUGUGCAGAAGCGGCUUGAGGAGGAGAGGCUGCAGAGGCUGGUCCAGGAAGAGGCAGUGAAGUACCUGUGGAAGCAGCUGCAGUCAGUGAUGGAGUCCCAGCGCUCCCUGGAAGAGCGGCUCCCGGCCGUGUGCCGGAACAGCCUUCAGCCCCCUCAGCCGGCUCUUCGGCGCCCCCUAGCAGUGUGUCCGGGCAGUGCGGCCCCGGCCUCCGGCCAGCCCUCCUUCCCCGACUCCGGGUUCCAGUCGUCGGGCGAGCCGCUGGGGGUCACGGGGAGCAGCGUGAGCAGUAGCACGGGGGGCUCCGUGGAAACGGUGCGGGCGCUGGGGGAGGGGCCCUCUGGGUACGAGGAUCAAGACUGCAGCCUCCUGCAGCAGUACCUCUGCUCUGUGCAGCAGCAGCAGCAGCAGGAGGAGGAGGAGGAGGAGGAAGGAGCGAGUGAUAGGGAGGGGUCGCCCCCACCCUUCUUGUGCUCAUCCCCCGCACUGGUGCACCCUGACCCCCCCCUUGAGGAUGAAGCAACAGGGCAGCAGGAGGCUCUGUGGGGUGGGGGUGUGGCGUCGAGUCCCUAACAUCACCUGCUGUACAGCGGCGUGUGCAAACGAGCACAGACACGUGCGCGACGCUGCACACGCACUGCUGUGAUGUCGCGGCUGCAUGACGUCACAUGACCUGCAUUUUUCUCACGCCAUCUGUUGCACGAGGGGGAAUGAGACCACGCUACAGCACGAGGGACUGCCGUAUCCAUGGUAACGCUGGAUAAAGAUGGUGUUUGUGUGUGUGUUCCACUGGAGUCUCUGCUCACAGGCUGAUGGACUGAUUUGAGGUGUAGCCUGUUGAGAGCAGCUGCUGGGGUGGGGGUCCCGGGACCCUGGACAAACUGAAUGGCUGUUAGCUGUAGUUUUUAUUUGAUAUCUCAGCAGUGUCAGUGAGUUAGUGUUGUAAUGACCGAUUUAUUAAUUCACACAGAAUUCUCAGAAACUUCACUGCUCUCUUUAUUAUUAUUAUUACUAUUAUUACUAUGGUUUAAUUUGAU